GGUUGGCUCAAAAAAAAGAGUGAAAAAAAAAGUGUUUGGAUUUGGAGAGACGUUAUCGGAUUUGAAAUCCACAAUUCGCCGGAAUUUGGGAUUUCCGUUCACGUCCGCCCGUACCCUAGGGUUACUGUUAUUAGUUAUUACACUCUCUCCCACCACACCAAAACAAUUAAGAAAGUGAGAGAGAAAGAGAGAGAGAGUCAGUUAUAGAUAGAUAGAGAGAGAGAGAGAGAGAAAAAAGAAAUUGAGUGUUGGUUUCGCUACGACGUCGUUUUCAAGACUUGGAAUUCAAAAAAAGAACGGUGAUCUAGUUCGUUUCUGUUUCAAUUAGGGUUUCGUUUUUUUUUGUUGUUGUUGUUGUUGAAGUUUGAUAUGAGGAUCUGUAAUUCGGGGAAUUGGUGAGGGUUUAAUAGUGGAAAGAAUUUGCUACCGUGAUGUUUACGCCACAGAAGAAGGCGUGGUCGGGUUGGUCUUCUCUCACGCCCCGGAAGUCUGUUCUCGGGUCGGGUCAGAAUCCGAAUUCUGUUGACGCUGGGAAAGGAAAGACUGUUGCUUUUGUCGAAACGACGCCGAAUUUGGAGAAUGGGGGAAAUAUCUUGGUUGACGCUGCCGGAGACCCUGAAUUAUUGGCCGAGAAGGUUUCCAAGCUUGAAAUUGAGCUUUUUGAAUACCAGUAUAAUAUGGGGCUUCUCUUGAUUGAGAAAAAGGAUUGGACUUCUAAGUAUGAAGAACUUAGGCAAGCCUUGGCAGAAGCAAAAGAUGCCCUUAAACAAGAGCAAUCUUCCCAUUUAAUUGCAAUAUCUGAAGUUGAGAGUCGAGAAGAAAAUUUGAGAAAGGCCUUAGGGGUGGAGAAGGAGUGUGUGCUUGAUCUGGAGAAGGCUUUGCGUGACAUGCGUUCAGAAAAUGCUGAAAUCAAGUUCACUGCUGAUUCUAAGUUGGCUGAAGCAAGUGCUUUAGUCACUAGCAUUGAGGAGAAAUCUUUUGAGGUAGAGGCAAAGUUGCGUGCUGCUGAUGCUAAGCUUGCUGAGGUGAGCAGAAAAAGUUCAGAAAUUGAGAGAAAAUCACAGGAUUUGGAGGCUCGAGAAGCUGUACUUCGAAGGGAUCGCUUAUCCUUCAUCUCUGAGCGAGAAGGUUAUGACUCUACUUUUUCUAAGCAAAGAGAGGACUUGCGAGAAUGGGAAAGAAAGUUGCAAGAGGGAGAGGAUAGGUUAGCUAAGGGUCAAAGAAUCCUUAACCAAAGAGAGGAGAGGGCAAAUGAGAAUGAUAGGAUUUUCAAGCAGAAAGAAAAGGACCUUGAAGAGGCACAAAAGAAGAUUGAAGCAACUAACAUCAGUUUGCAAAAGAAAGAAGAAGAUAUAAGCAGUAGGCUUGCAAAUCUUACUUUAAAAGAGAAGGAAUUUGAUGUUGUGAGAUUAAACUUAGAGACGAAAGAGAAAGAGUUACUUGCAUUAGAAGAAAAGCUCAAUGCUAGAGAAAGGACUGAGAUUCAAAAGCUUCUUGAUGAACAUAAUGCUAUUCUAGAUGCAAAGAAGAGUGAAUUUGAUUUGGAAAUCGAUCAAAAGAGAAAAUCUGUGGAUGAUGAUCUGAAAAACAAGGUUGUUGAAGUGGAGAAGAGGGAGGCUGAAAUUAAUCACAUGGAGCAGAAAGUAGCAAAGAGAGAGCAGACUUUAGAAAAGAGAUGGGAGAAGCUUAGGGAGAAAGAGAAGGAUCAUGAAUUAAAAUUGAAAGAUCUGAAGGAAAGGGAAAAGUCCUUGAGGUCUGAGGAAAAGAAUUUAGAGAAUGAGAAGAAGCAAAUGCUUUCUGAUAAAGAAGAUUUGCUUAGUCUUAAGGAUGAAGUUGAGAAGAUAAGGGCUCACAAUGAUGAAGAGCUAUUGAAGAUAGCUGAAGAGAAGGAUCAGCUUAAAGUAAGUGAAGAAGAGAGGCUGGAAUUUGUUCGUUUGCAGUCAGAAUUAAAACAGGAAAUAGAAAACUGCCGGCUUCAGAAAGAACUUAUUCUUAAGGAAGCUGAAGAUCUGAAGUUACAAAAGGAGAGUUUUGAGAGAGAGUGGGAAGAACUGGAUGAGAAAAGAGCUGAGAUUGAGAAAGAUCUGAAAAAAUUGACUGAUCAGAAGGAAGAAAUGGAAAAACUGAAACACUCUGAAGAAGAAAAGCUAAAAAAUGAGAAGUUGGCAACACAGGAGUACAUACAAAGGGAGCUAGAAGAUCUUAAAUUUUCCAAAGAAUCUUUUACAGCUCAAAUGGAGCAUGAUAAGUUAGCAAUUGCUGAAAAAGCUGAUAGUGAUAGAAGCCAAAUGCUUCAUGAUUUUGAGUUGCGAAAAAGAGAACUUGAGACUGAUUUGCAGAACCAGUUAGAGUACAAGGAAAAAGAUUUGCGUGAGAGGGAGAGGUUAUUUCAGGAAGAAAGAGAAAGAGAAUUAGAAAAUAUUAAUUACUUAAGAGAAGUAGCUAGAAGAGAAAUGGAAGGAAUAAAGCUUCAAAGAGCUAAAAUAGAAAAAGAAAGACAAGAAGCUGAUGAAAAUAGAAAGCAUCUUGAAAGGCAUCAAGUGGAAAUGAGAAAAGACAUCGAUGUGCUUGAUAACCUCAGGAGGAAGUUGAAAGACCAGCGGGACCAAUUUGUUAACGAGAGACGACGCUUCAUUUCAUUUGUUGAAAAACUCAAGGGUUGCGAGAACUGUGCUCAAAUUAUCUCUGAGUAUGAGCUUUCUGAUCUGCAGUCUUUAGCUGAAAUUGAGAAUGAAGAUGUUAUUCCUCUGUCAAGACUCGAUGAUAUUCACGCCAAUGAAGGUGGUCAUGGAAAUGUUGCUGCUUCUGAGAAUCAAAACAGUGAGAUAUCUCCUGUUGGAGUUGGCUUAAGAUCUCCAGUUUCUGGUGGAACCAUAUCUUGGCUACGCAAAUGCACCACCAAGAUUUUCAAAUUUUCCCCGAUCAAGAAUAUUGAGUCUACUGCUGUUCAAAAUUUGGAGGCACAUUUGUCUUGCCAGAACGUUGAUAUGGAAGAACCUUCCAAGAGAGUAUCUAGCACUGAAAAUCAGGCAGAGAUAUCUCUUGGUGUUGCAACUGAUUCUUUUGAUGUCCAGAGAAUCCAAUCUGACAACAGCAUCAGAGAGAUAGAAGUCAGCCAAGAUCCAUCAGCUGAUGAUCAAAGCAACAUCAACAGUAAGGCACCUGAAGUUGCUGAUGAUUCCCAGCCAUCUGAUUUGAAUGGUGAUCAGCACAAACCUCGCAGAAGAGGGAGGCCUAGAGUUUAUAGGACGCGCUCUGUGAAGGCAGUUGUCAAAGAUGCAAAGGCUAUACUUGGGGAAGCUUUAGAAGAAAAUGAGAAAGAUUAUCCAAAUGGGAAUGCUGAGGAUUCUGCCUAUGAUAAUGCUGAAAGUCGUGAUGAUUCUAGUCUAGGUGGUCAAAGACUACCAAGAAAUGGACGGAAGCGGAACCAUGCUCAAACAUCUCAAAACAUGGGUAGUGAGCAUGAUGGUGAUGAUAGUGAAGGACGUUCUGAUAGUAUUGUGGCAGGCCAACGCAGGACAAGGCGGCAGAAAAUUACUACAGCUGUGCUAGCUCCUGGUGAAAAACGAUAUAAUCUUCGGAGACCCAAAACUAAAGCUACUGUCACAGCUGCCAGAGCCAUGCCUGAACUUAGCAAAGAAAACAAGGAAGAGACAGAUGUUGUUAGAGCAACAGGUGAGACAAUUCUUCACUCCAAAGCUGCUCCUGCACUUUCGACUGGAGCUGCAAGUGAGAAUGGUGGAAGCUCUCACUUUUUGCGGUCCAAGAGAGCUGCAGACUCUCAGGUUGGCAUUGCCGAUAUUACAAGCAAUUUGGUUGAGAACACGAUCAUGAGUGAAGAGGUGAAUGAGACUCCAGAAGAGUACGGUGAUGUAGAUGAGUACAGGUCCCAUGGUGAAGAUGCUAAUGUGGAUGGGGAAGAUGAAGAGGAUGAAGAAGGGUCUGAACAUCCUGGUGAAGUCUCAAUAGGAAAGAAGCUCUGGACAUUCUUCACAACAUAAUGAUGCUCAAUGCUGUUUGCCAUAUAGUGGUCGCUUUGGAUGGCCUCUACUGCAUCUACCUUUUUAGAUAUGCUGGUAGGAGUUUCCUGAUGUGUAGUAGUGUGAAUUAACAAUUCAAAUGUAGUUAGAAGCCCUGGAAGUAUUCAGAAGUAUUCAGGUCAGGGAAUGAGUUUUUCUCUGCCCUCUUUGAUUUUUAUUUUUAGGAUUAAGAGUAUGGGGGUUGUUUUAUUUUUUUAAUGAUAAACCUAGAUAUUUUGAUUAGUAGUAACCCAGUGCAGAUUUAACACUGGACUCUCAGCUGCCACCCUUACCAAUUGUUUGUAUCAAAUGCUUUGUAUCUCUUCAUUUAGCUCUGGAAUGAUUGUUUGAACCCAGUGGUCUCAA